UUCUUUAGAUAGUUUUAAUACAACAGCAAAUAAUUUUACCCAAUGGCAUAUGAAAAAUACAUGGCUGAGGCUUUUGUGGAAGCUCGCAAUGCCCUGUCCGCUGGUGAAGUUCCUGUGGGUUGUGUAUUUGUCUAUAAUGAAGACAUUAUUGCCCGUGGCGGCAAUGAAGUAAAUGCCACUAAAAAUGCCACCCGUCAUGCAGAAUUCAUAUGCAUUGACCAAGUAUUGGAGUACUGUAAGAAUGAAAAUCUCUCAGCGAACGAGGUUUUUCGUGAGAUAUCUGUCGUUGUUACUGUGGAACCAUGCAUAAUGUGUUCAGCUGCCCUACAUGAUCUCAAGGUGAAGGAAAUAGUUUAUGGAUGUGCCAAUGAUCGUUUCGGUGGUAAAACAGUGGUUGAUGUUCCCAAAGUUGUUGGAUAUUCGCUGAAUGUCAUUGGAGGCAUAAGAGCAGACGAGGCAAUGGAAUUGUUAAAAGACUUUUAUAAAGGAGAAAAUCCAUCAGCUCCAAUUGCGAAAAGUAAAAGAUGAUUAUGUUUGUUGGUUUAGUGUGUAAGGUUAAUGUCCCAGGCGUCUUCAUUAUCAUAGUAGAUACGCCUUUCUUAAUGUCGAUAGUGCCUAAUAAAUUUGUUUGACAGUUUGUGUUUUUCGUUUAUUACCUAUGA